GAAAGAAUAUAAAGCAGUAUGUAUGUAAAUUGUAACAGUGGAGCUUUAUGCGAAGUAGUGUCACGGGUACCUGGCAUUAAUGCCAACUUCUCCGCCUGACUUCCACACUCAGGACGAAUGCCAAUUACCAUCACCCCCCAACAGAGGCAAUUGCAGGUGGUGCAGCUAGGGCAUGAAUUGGAUGUUUGAAGCAUCAAGUAAUAGAGGAAAUCAAUGGUGGUGGACCCAGCAAGCGAAGAGGGAGGCAGUGAAGGGGAUUUUCUAAUGAGGAUUUGAUUCCUCUUGUCCUGUAAGGGAAAAAGGGAAAAAGAGGCAUUGUGACUGCCCGGUGGGCGGAAGUCUGAGCAGAGUGAAUGGUAGCAUGUUACCAAAAGUGAGAAAGAAGGCAUUGUCUGGUGUCAGAGCAGAAUGAGAGGGUGACAGUGUGAUAGGGAGAAAAGAGAGAGGAAGUGUGGCGAGAGAGACAGUGACAAGCCAAGAGAGUGUGACAGACACUGAACAAAGAGGCAGAGAGAGACAUUAGUGAGUGAAGGAGUGUGCUUGGAAAUAGGGGUCUGUAAAUGAGCCUAUGUGUAUGUGUGUGAGUGGGAACGUAUGAUGGAAGUAGAGUGACAAAAAAAAGAAAACAGACUUAUAGUGUAUCAGAAUUUCAUAGGGAGUGAACAGAGAAAUAGUGAUCGAAAAGUGUGUUUUGUGAGUGCUUGAGACAUCACAUCUCAGGACAAACGGAGAGAAAGGGGCGACUCCACAAGGCAUCACAACUUUACCCUGGCUUCAGCUAACACAUCUAACACAAUGAAUUGGGCAGGAUUAUACGCCAUAUUGAGUGGCGUGAACCGCCACUCCACCUCAAUCGGACGCAUAUGGCUCUCUGUGGUCUUCAUCUUCCGUAUCAUGGUGCUUGUGGUGGCUGCAGAAAGCGUAUGGGGGGAUGAGAAGUCGGCGUUUACAUGCAACACACAACAGCCCGGUUGCAACAGUGUAUGCUAUGAUCACUUCUUCCCCAUCUCACAUAUCCGUCUGUGGGCCCUCCAGCUCAUCAUUGUAUCCACACCUGCCCUUCUGGUGGCCAUGCAUGUGGCUCAUCUACAGCACCAAGAGAAGAAGGAGCUACGUUUGUCCGGCCAUGUUAAGGACCAAGAGCUGGCAGAAGUGAAGAAACAUAAAGUCAAGAUCUCCGGCACUUUGUGGUGGACCUACAUCUCUAGUGUUUUCUUUAGAAUCAUAUUCGAGGCAGCCUUUAUGUACAUCUUCUACCUCAUCUACCCUGGUUACUCCAUGAUCCGACUUGUUAAGUGCGAUGCCUAUCCCUGCCCCAACACUGUAGACUGUUUCGUUUCUCGUCCCACGGAGAAGACCAUAUUCACCGUCUUCAUGCUCGUCGCCUCUGGAGUCUGCAUCGUUCUGAAUGUUGCUGAAGUAUUCUUCCUGAUUGGCCAGGCCUGCACCAGAAGAGCCCGCCGCCACAGGGAUUCUGGCAGCAUCAGCAAAGAGCAUCAACAGAAUGAAAUGAACUUGCUGAUCACGGGAGGCAGUAUUAUUAAACGGUCCCCUGCGGGGCAGGAGAAAGGAGAUCACUGUUCUACCUCCUAAAGGAUAAGGCUUCUAACUCUCACGGCUCCCUGGUGGGACAUGACGGAGGGGGCAGCCCUGGAGAUCAUACAGCUACAAAAGCAAAGAUGAGAUAUUGGGGUUCGUUACAAGACUUGAACAGGAGCAGUGUAAACAAAACGUGGCAAGAAAGGGAAUAGAGAAGCAAAGGAAAAAAAAUAAUAAUUUAAGAUUGCAAUAUUUGCACAAGAAGAGUGACUUUGUCUUUACAACCAUGUUACUGUUGCCGGGGGCCAGAGGCAGCCCUUAUUGCCGCUAGUGUCUGUUUUGGCAUGGUCACACCCUCUAUUGCCAAGUGUUUGUUAAUGUGAUAGUCUGCACCGGUGACUCUUGUAGUAUUCUUUAAGGGAAGGGUGGGGUGGGAAGGCAUGUAUUAGAGAAGGGUUUCUACUGCCAUAAACUGUUGUUAAUGUUUUAAUAUUUCUGAUUUAUUUUAAAUAAAACUUUGAUUUUUAAGCCA